AUGGAUGAUACAACCGCAAGUCUAGAGAGUCUGGAGCUAGAUGCUAGAAAAAUCAUAACUGAUAAAGAACUUAUUACAACAGCCCAAUUACAAUCAAGUUUGAGAGCUAAUUUGGAAGAAAUAAAAAUGGAAUUGGCCGUUACGGCAGAUGAGAUCAAAGUGGAAAUCAAGAAGGGAAUAAAUUUACUUGUGGGGAAGUUACAGAAGUUUGAAGAUCAAGUGAAUGAAAUGGACUUUCGUGUAAAAAAUCUAAAAGAUGAGUGUGGUAAAUCACAACGUAGUAUGUUAGAUCUUGAACUUAAACUUAAUGAUUUAGAAGACCGUAGCAGACUUAAAAAUCUUCGUUUUAGAAAUUUUGUGGAGGGGAGAAGACAAGAAGAUAUAAAACAAAUCUUGAAAGACUAUUUUGUGGACCUUGGAAUUCCAUUAAAUGACCAUGAUCAAUUAACAUUGCCACAGCCUAUACAAACCUCAAACAAUCCCGACAGAUAUCCCAAGAGAUAUAAUUGUAUGCUUCUAUUCUUAUGA